UUUGUUUCGGUAUCAUAUAUCGCUAUUAAAAUGGGGAUUUUCGAUUGGUGUAUGUAUUGGGAGGAAAGCAGGAUGGAUAUUGAGGCUGUCGAGGAGAGCUGUUCCAGACUGUUCCCAGACUGUUCCCAGAGCUAUCCCAAACUGUUCUCGGAGCUGUUCCAUCCUCUGCCACACAAAUACUAACUUCUCUAGUUCAAGGAAUUUUGUCCUCCUUAGGGUUGUGGAAUAAGCACGCCAAGUUAUUGUUCUUGGGUUUGGACAACGCUGGUAAGACCACCUUAUUGCACAUGUUGAAGAACGACAGAUUGGCUACGUUGCAGCCUACGUUGCACCCUACCUCCGAGGAGUUGGCCAUCGGUUCCGUCAAGUUCACCACCUUUGACUUGGGUGGUCACCAACAGGCUAGAAGAUUAUGGAAAGACUACUUCCCAGAGGUCAACGGGAUUGUCUUCUUGGUCGACACCGCCGACCCGGAGAGAUUCGAGGAAGCCAAGGCCGAGUUGGACGCCUUGUUUGCCAUCGAAGAGUUGUCCAAGGUGCCUUUCAUCGUCUUGGGUAACAAGAUUGACUCUCCAAAUGCCGUUUCCGAAAACGAGUUGAGAUCCUCCUUGGGUCUCUACGGCUACAACACCGAGGCCAAGGUUGGUGACGGUUCUAGACCGGUCGGUUUGUUCAUGUGUUCCGUUGUCAUGAGACAGGGGUACGGUGAGGGGUUUAGAUGGUUGUCCCAAUACAUCUAAACACCGAACGGGCGGUAGUACGGC